UUCUGUGCCUCUUCUGCCUCUACGUGCUCGUGAGCUUCCCUCGCGAGACCGACGCCUCGCAUAAAUCUCGCAGUGAUGGCUGCGCCGCCCGAUGCGGAGACUUUGGAGUCUCGUAUCAACAGAGCCACAAACCCGCUAAACAGAGACACAGACUGGAGCAGCAUCCAUGCCUUCUGUGACCAGCUCAACAAUGACCUGGAGGGGCCUCAGCUGGCCACCAGGCUCCUGGCCCACAAGAUCCAGUCUCCACAGGAAUGGGAGGCCAUGCAGGCUCUGCUGGUUCUGGAGACAUGUAUGAAAAACUGCGGCAAAAGGUUUCACAACGAAGUGGGCAAGUUCCGUUUUCUCAAUGAACUCAUCAAAGUAGUUUCUCCAAAGUACCUGGGCUCAAGGUCUCCAGAGCCAGUAAAAAAGAAGGUUUUGGAGUUGAUCUAUAGCUGGACUUUGGGGUUGCCUGAUGAGGCCAAGAUCUCAGAUGCCUAUCAAAUGCUGAAGAAACAAGGUAUUAUUAAACAAGACCCAGAGCUGCCACCUGACAAACUCUUGAACCUUCCACCACCCAGACCCAAGAAUGCCAUUUUUGAGGACGAAGAGAAGUCAAAAAUGUUGUCUCGCCUGCUGAAUAGCUCGCACCCCGAGGACCUUAAAGCCGCCAACAAACUCAUCAAGGAAAUGGUCCAAGAGGAUCAGAAGCGAGCAGAGAAAGUGUCAAAGCGGGUGAACGCCAUUCAGGAGGUCAAAGAGAGCGUCACUCUGCUAACUCAGCUUCUGCAGGACUACGACAGCACUGGCAGCAACCAGAGCAACGCUGAACUCAUACAGGACCUUUAUCAGCGCUGUGAGAAAAUGAGACCUACACUGUUCAGACUGGCGAGCGACACAGAGGACAAUGACGAGGCUUUGGCGGAGAUCCUGCAGGCCAACGACAGCCUGACUCACGUCAUCAACCUGUACAAACAGCAGGUGAAGGGGGAGAUAGUAAAUGGCAACAACACAUUAAACACACAGAAACAAACAGGAGGAACGGCGCUGCUAGAUCUGUCAGGAUUGGACACAUCGCCACAGUCGCCUCCAUCCUUCCCGGAGUUUCCCACUCCGACAGACAGCCUCAACGCCCCCUCACAAGAGAUGGGGAUCAGUCUCCUGGACGACGAGCUCAUGUCGCUCGGACUGAGUGAAGGAACACACACUUCCAACCCUGCCUCCCAGCCUGAAGACUCCACAGCCUGGGACUCCUUCCAGUCUUCUGACAGCAUAGAUGCAGACAUCCCAGCAGCACCCAGUCUCCUCUUGAGUCCAGACCCACCCUCCCACUCUCAGCCCGUUUCAUCUGGCUCCACACCCGGAAACUCGGCCCUGGACGAGCUGGACCUGCUGGGAAAGACACUGCUGCAGCAGUCCCUGCCUCCAGAGGGCCUGCAGGUCAAAUGGGACAAGCAGCAAUCCAAACCAACUCUAAGAGAUCUCCAGAGCAAGUCCGGGUCCGGUGUUGCUCCAAACCCCAUCCCAACAUUCUCUGCUGAACCUCCUGCACCUCCCCUCAACUCUCAGCCCAGCCUCGGAGCAACGUUGCUGGACAUGUCCCCAACUCACACAGAGUCUCCUCCUGCAGAAGUCACCCUGACCGAUGUUUUUGUACCGCUAGAAUCCAUUAAGCCCAGUAGUCUGUUGCCUGUGACUGUGUUUGAUGGACACAGUCUGCGGGUUCUCUUUCACUUCGCUCGCGACUCGCCUCCGUCUCGUCCUGAUGUGCUGGUGGUGAUCAUCUCCAUGCUGUCGUCCGCUCCUGUCCCCGUCACCAACAUCGACUUCCAGACCACGGCUCCAAAGUCUAUGGCAGUGAAGCUGCAGCCUCCAUCAGGAACAGAGCUCCCAGCUUUCAACCCCAUUCUUCCUCCUGCUGCAGUCACACAGAUCCUGCUGCUGGCAAACCCAAACAAGGACAAAGUACAGCUGCAGUACAGAUUAACCUUCACCAUGGGCGAGCAGGAGCACAACGAGAGCGGCGAUCUAGAACAGUUUCCUCCUCCAGAGACGUGGGGGAACCUAUAGCAUUUGAACACACACCAACACAUGACAGACUCUCAGCUUUCAGACCGGCUUCCUUCCUUUAAACCAACUCUCCAACUCAACAUAAGCCUGUUUUUUUUUCUUUUCUUUUGUAAUCACACUGUACUUUUUUUGAUUGGUAUUGAUUGUUUUCCUGGGAUUACGCUCAUGCUCAGUCAGUGAACGUGUGUAUGCUUUUGCUUUAAACGAGUCGUGUGUUUAGGUCUAGUCUGCUUUAUAUGUGGCUGCUUCAAAACAAAACCUGUCAUCUUGUUUUUUAACAGUGCUACGAAGGAUGAAAACAUCAAAUGCAUAUUUGCUCAUUUGGUGUGCUCGAAUUUUUUCUUUAACACUUGAGGCACAGGGUCAGUUUGAAUAAAUGAUCAGUUGCGUUUAACUUCACUCUGCAUGCUCCGAUAACAUGCUUGCAAAAUUCAGUAGAGAGAGAACGUAAGCAUUACAUAGACACGGCUCAUCUUAGUUUGCAGAACAACGCUAUACUUAAUCAAUUGUUUUCUGGUGUCUAGUUUGUGAUGGAGUGAAUAUCACUUCUUUCUUUUGCAACAACUUGAGUCCACGUUAUGAUUUGCACAGACGAGGUUUCUUUUGAUAGUGCUGUUUUUCUGUCCUUUCCUCAUCUUGUGUAAAGAACAAUCUUACUCUAACAGUCGUAUAUCUGCCGUAUGUGCCUAUUUUGCAGUUCUAACAUUUAAAUUCUAGUGCGUUUGAAUGUGUUUUUUUGUUGUCAUCUGUUACACGUCCGUCAUAUUAGGUCUCCAGUUUGCCCGAGACACAGAUCAACUAGAUUCUAACCUUAAAUUCUUAAUAUAUUCAAAGCAUUUUAAGUAGGGUAUAAAUUACAUUUUGAACAAUCUUUUCUUUAGCUCUUUUUCUUUUGUUAAUAUUUCAGCAUUUAUUGGGGGGAAAAAAACUUGAGCACAUGCAAAACUGAGCUGCACCCAUGUGCUCCGUGCAGUGUCCGUCUCAAACAUGUUCAACUUGUUUCUACAGUCUGCGAUGCAUGUCAGCCAUGCUGAACACUCCCUCCUUCCCCACAGGCUCUCAGUCACAUUCCACUGCACUAAACUCUGAUGACUGCUUUGUAAAUACCAAUGAUGGCAGUUCUGUACAUUUGACUUGUGCAGUGUGCAAGAGCAUAACACUGGUAAAAUAUUCCUAAUGGGUAAUAAAGUUUUUUUUUUUUUCUCUUGG